UCUGCUCACCAAAGGACCUGUGGGACCCGGCCCAAGGCCCGUGGCUCGGGCACAUCACACACUGUGGGUGGCACCCGUGCCCUGCCAGGGGCCUGGCCCUGGGUUGUCAGCAUCCAGGAUCCGCAGAGAGCAGGCUCAGGGCACAUCUGUGGAGGGUCCCUCGUCGGCUCCCGGUGGGUCCUCACAGCGGCACACUGCUUCGUCGGCGCCAGCCCUGUCUCCAUCCGCAGGAACAUCAGCAAGUGGCGUGUGGUGGCCGGGGCCAGCCGCUUGUCGCGGCUGGGAGCCGGGGCCCAGGUGCGGCAGGUGAAGCAGCUGUUGGCACACCCCGCUUACAGCAGGGCCACCCAGAGCAAUGACAUCGCCCUGCUGGAGCUGGGCCAGCCCCUCCGCUGCGGGGGCUCCGUGCAGCCAGCCUGCCUGCCCGACGGCUCGCUCAGGGUGCGCAGCCUCACCAACUGCUUCGUCAGCAGCUGGGCUUCCGCCGCCGCCAAGGGUGAGCGCUCGGCGCGGGCGGGCCGGGCACGACGGGGAGCUGAGGGACCAACUGAUGUGCUCCAGGAGGCCAAGGUCCACCUCAUGACCCUCAAGCUGUGCAACAGCAGCCGCUGGUACAACGGCACCAUCCCCAGCCGCGUCGUCUGCGCCGGCUACCCCUGGGGCGGCGUCCACACCUGCCAGGGUGACAGUGGGGGUCCUCUUGCUUGCCGGGACAAGAGCAAUGACUACUUCUGGCUGGUUGGAGUGACCAGCUGGGGCAAAGGCUGUGCCAGAGCCAGGCAGCCUCGACUCUACACCUCCACCCAGCACUUCUACAAGUGGAUCCUGCUCCAGAUGGCACGGUUCCCAGCAGUGCCAACAACUCCAGCAGCACAACCAAGCUCCUCUGUCCCCAGUCAGAAGCCGAAGACCACGCCAGCGCAGUCAGCCACCACCAGGUCCUGUCCCUUUCCACAACAGAAGCUGAUACAGUUCUUCAGUCUUCUGCAGGAGCUGCUGAAUUACAUGUGGGGCAGCAAGGCUGCAGCAGCAGGAUGA